AAGGCAAGUUCACCAGCGGGAAAAAAAGAGCGGCUAAAAACUCAAAACUCGAAACCCCACCACUCUCCUCGAAGUCUCCGGCGCUCGCAGCAAAUCCAGCAUCGGCGGUGAAUCGAUGGGAUGGCGGCGGCGGGAGGGCGGCGGCGCCGUCGCCGGCGCGGCCUCGAGGCUUCGGUUCGCGCCGUCCUCCAACCACCUGCUCGUCUCCUCGUGGGAUUCGGGGCUGAGGCUGUACGACGCAGACGCGUGCGAGCUCCGGAUGGAGGCGAAAUCGGAGGCGGCGCUUCUAGACUGCUGCUUCCAGGAUGAGGCCGUGGCGCUCACAGGUGGCUCCGAUGGAUCCAUAACCAGGUAUGACUUGCAUUCAGGGGCUCAAGGUACUAUUGGGCAACACCACGAAGUGGUUUCCUGCAUCGAGUUCUCCCAGAUAACUGGUCAAGUUGUAACUGCUACCCUUGACAAAAAGUUAAUGUUCUGGGAUUCUCAAACAAGAAAUGUGAACCCGAACAGCAUAAAAAAUUUGGAUUCAGAUGUGGCAUCACUUUCAGUCUGCGAAAUGUAUAUAUUAGCAGCAAUUGAGAGAGAAGUUUACAUUUAUGACAUGAGGAACCUGAUAGGACCAGUAAAAGUAAAAGAUUCCCCUGUGGAAUAUCAUUUAAGAAGCCUUCACUCUUCUCCAGAGUGGAAAGGAUACGCAGCAGGAUCUGUGGAUGGAGUUGUUGCAGUGAAGUACUUUGAUCGUGGAACCGAUGGUGAUAUGGGAUAUGUUUUCCGGUGUCAUCCAAAAUCUAGAGAUGGAAGAUCCAGUAUGGUUCCCAUUAAUAGCAUCGGAAUUCAUCCGUUUGACAAAACUUUUGUUACUGGAGAUAAUGAAGGAUAUGUCAUUGCCUGGGAUGCUCAAUCAAAAAAGAAGCUGCAUGAGUUUCCUAUCUACUCAGGCAGUGUGGCAUCGAUAGCGUUCAAUCAUAAUGGUCAAAUUUUUGCAGUUGCUUCAAACAGCAACUAUCAAGAAUCAGAUAAAAUGGUAGAGGAGCACCAGAUAUUUUUCGAAAUGAAGCAGCACUUCUAAGGAGGUGUGCCUCACCUUUUAGCAGGAGGUCCCUACCUUCAUGUUGUACAACUAAUCGAGCUAAACUUAUUCGUAGGUAUUCUUUUCCACCCCAUCAUUUUGUUAGCUGCGCAGGAUGUAGCUGAACGUUGUUGUAUUGUUGUAUGGGGAAGCAUUAUACUCAUACAAAUUAGCAGGUUUACCUAUCUCAGCUUGUGUAGGCAUGUGAUUGUUCUCAAGCAAGGGCAGGGUAGAUUUGUAGCGACUGUGUGUAAACUAGUACAUCAUGUACUGUAUGUUCAAACUGCUAUUAGGAAAUGUAACACAUGUUAUUGGACAUUUGGACUUGGAUCUGGUUAUGCAAAAUGGUUGAAGCAAA